CAAGGUGCAGCACCUCGUGAACUGGUUCACGUGGUGCAGGCGAAUCGAACGGACCUAUUGGGUGGUUCUGUUAUUCUCGCGCAUUCUCACGUUUUCGCCACGCUUAUCAACGAAUCGGUACUGUAGCGAUGUUGCCUGUUGGUCGCUAAAACUACGGUAGGAAGGGCUUUCUAUGUUGAAUUGUAUUAUGUAAAGCCAAUGGGUUAGACGCAUCGAGAGGUGCUUCGCAAUGACAGGGUGUUGUGCGCCGAACUGUCACAACCGCAGUGGAAUUGGCAAGGUGCUUUUCGCGGUGCCACGAGCAAAAUGUGCUGCGCAAGUACGCCGCCGACUCCAGUGGCUUCUGCGGAUGGGCCGUGAGAAGCUGCCUCCGAAAAGAGCUAGGCUAUGCGAGGACCACUUCACUCUUGACCAGGUUGAAGAAGAUAGUCGAGCAGGAAGGAAACGACUUAAGUCAGCUGCAGUUCCCAGCAUUUUCUGUGCUCACCAGCGUGCCAUAGUAUCUGACAAUGGCAGAUCAUCAUUGGCUCCUGACAAGAGUGCAGAAGCAGGGUUAUCACCAUCAAAGCUAGGUGAGAUGCCAGAAGUAUCAGCUACACCUGAUAUCCCUGCUGCGAUGAUCCUGGAACAUUUAUUGAUUCCACUGUCGACAGGAGUGACCGGAGCACAGCGGUCCGUUGAUUGUUCACAGCACUCACCGCCUGCCUCACAAGGUAUCCUGCAUGAAGUUUUUGCAGCCCUGAAAGAGAAGGUGGCUACAAUGGCCCCAGAGAAGAGACAUGCAUGUCUUUAAAGGACGAAAUGCAGGUUUCACUUGGGCUUGAAUACGACGAUAUUAUAGGUCAGCCAGCCAUGCGCCCUUCAAAUGCAUCCACAAACGACCAACUUGCAAACCAUGCACUUGUUUUUACGCUGGCGGGGUUGACAAGCAGGUGGAAAUAAGCCGUUGCUUAUCAGCUGACAU